UGCCUGGUUCUACGUUGUAGCUGAUUGACUGUCAAUUCUUCGGGAUCAAAAUGUUUAUUCUGACAAAGUGCACUAUUUUUAAUGUGUACAGGGACACAAAUUGGGUGUAAUCCUUGAUUCUAAAAACAUAUUAAUGUACGGUAAUGUUUCACAAUCUUGUAACUGAUGUUAUUUUGCAACUCGAAAAAAAUAGCCGACUUAUUAGGCUUGUCAACGAUUUUAUGUGGACUUUGUAUGUUGAAUUAAGUUGUUGGGAAAUAAAUUGUUUGGCAUUUCCGGUACCUUAUUGUUCAUCAAAGGCUAGACAAACUCCUCGGUAAUAUUAUUAACUUACAUUUAUGUAUAUGAGAAACCGUUAAGUGUCACUUAGUUGUUGUAGUUGGUUUAUACGCCUUUAACUCCAUAAUACAGCAAAAAUAUAAAGUACUUUAAGGACGAAAGCAAGAGUAUCAGGUUGUUAGUCGAAUGGAAGAUUAUAUAGCUUAGUGUCAUCAUUGUUGAUAAUUAUUUAGUUUUGGUAUUACUGUUUUCUGAUCGGUUCAGAUUAUCUGAGUCAUAUUUAUUUAAGAUUUCCAGAUUAAUCCAGUCUUGUAACCUAUUCAAAUUUUACAUAGGUUGGACUUUCUUUUUUGUUUUAUUUUCCAGAUAAUCUUUUGGAAUUUUUCCGUAUUAUACACUACUUUAUUUGAAUUGUGCUUAUUAUCCUGGUAAAUGACAUCUUGAAUGAAUUCAGUGACCAAUUCAAAUAAAAUUUACCAUGAACGUCAAUCUAAAAUGUUUUGUGCAUUGCAUGCGCUGAAUAAUGUAUUUCAGGAUAAAAUAUUUUCGAAGCAUUGCUUAGAUAAAAUAGCUGAUAAUCUUAAUAGCAAUUCAUUUAUUAAUCCACAUAGAAAUGUAUUUGGACUGGGGAAUUAUGACGCAAAUGUGUUAGUUAUUGCUCUUCAACAAUGUGGUUAUGAUAUUGUUUGGUGUGAUAAACGCAAAACAAUUGCUGCGCACAAUCUAAAUUUUGAUAAUAUUUUUGGAUAUAUAUUGAACACAUUUUCUAAUCGUCGUAUUUUUAACUUAACAUUACCAUAUUCAGGAAGUCAUUGGAUUGGUUUACGAAAAUUAGAGCAUGAUGAUAAAUAUUCAUAUUUUAAUUUAGAUUCUAAAUUAUGCGAACCGGUUGUAGUUGCGUCAACGGAUGAUGAAUUUGUUAACUAUUUAGAAGGACGUCUUAGAGAGUAUCCAGAGACUCAACUUUUAUUUGUCGUAUCCAAUGAAGUGCUUCAGCAACGAUCUUGGACGCAUAAUAAACAAUGAGCACAAUUAAGGACGAUCUAAUUUUUUGUAUGUUCACAGUGAUAUUUUUUGAUAAAUACUAUACAUUUGUUUAA